GUUUGAAGUGAGCACUGUUGCGUCCAAUGGGGUUUCAAGGCACAUUUGUUAAGAGCAAUCGAAUUCUCAUGGUGGUACCCACUCCAGAGAAUAACACAAGUUAAUAGACUUAUAAACCAGUUAACUGAUGGAUGAAAAUGUACAUUUGUUUAAAGUGGUGAGGUUGGCGGUUUCCAUCUUAUCUCCAUUGAUGCCAUCAGUAGAGAUUUCUGAUAUGGUUGAUGAGUCCAAAGGACAACAUCAAGUUGACAGUGCUAAUGGAUUAAGUGAAAAUUCCCCAAAUCCCCUCUCACCUCUCGAUUGUGACGAGAAACCUACCAAUGGGGCCGAUGAUUCAGUAACAGACGAGAACGACGACGAUAGCAGGAAACUGUUUGUCGGUGGUCUAAGCUGGGAAACAAAUGAAAAUGAUUUAAAGGAAUAUUUCUCUCGCUGGGGAAAAGUUACUCAGUGCAUCAUAAAACUGGAUAGGUUUACAGGAAAUUCAAGGGGAUUUGGUUUUGUUACUUUGGAAAGUGAAGACUGUGUCUCGAAGGUUCUCAGUGUCUCUGAGCACUGGUUAAAGAAUAAGAAAAUUGACCCUAAAAAAGCGAAACCUUCCCGAGAACCCUUGAAGAAGAUUUUCGUUGGUGGUAUUGAUCCCGAAGUAACGGAAGACCAAAUACGGGAAUACUUUAGCAGUUUUGGAAAAGUUGAGUCCUUAGAUUUGCCUUAUGACACUCAAAAAGGGAAAAGAAAACAUUACAUAUUCGUUAGUUUUUCUACCGAAGCGGCUGCUAAAAAAGCUAUUUCAAAGGAGCGUCAAGAUAUUUUUGGUCGGCAGUGUGAUGUUAGGGUGGCUGUUACACGAGAUCAAGCCAACAGACAAAAAGUAGCUUUGAAACAAUGGUAUAACUGGCUGGACCCCAACUUCUCUUAUCCAGGAUAUGCUUAUGGUGACUUCGCAAACGCCUACCCCGGCUUUGACCCUUUUACGUACAACUAUUAUGGAUAUGAUUACUACGGAAACGCAGCAGCAGCUGCUGCUGCAACAGGUUAUGGGGCAUAUUCUAAUCUAGCUGCUAAUCAGUUUUGUGGAGUAAUUAAUCCCAACAAAGUAAAUCAAAGUAUCCGUACUCCUGCUGCAGCACCAGGAGCUGCCACACGUAUGAUUGGUAGCGGCACGACUGGGACAAUUGGUACGAACCCUCACCAAACCCAAUCUCACACACAUCUAAAUUACACAAACUUACUUACUUCCCAGCUAGAUCCACACCAUACAACGAUGUCCGCUGGCCUAGAUUUCUCUGUAGCACAUCCUCAACCCGGCCAAGGAAUGGUUGCUGGAUCAGGUGCUACCCGAUUUUCUCAUCCUCAGUAAGCCAUAACAUAACUAUCCAAAGUAAAAAAAAUCAAAAUAACUCAGUGCAGUCUGUUUAUUCAAGUUAUUUAGAAAGACUACUGUCAUUAAUUUGUAUUCAGUGAUUUAUUCAAGGCAUAUAUAUGCUGGGCUUCUGUGAAUAACUGCAUAUUUUGUGAGUGGUAGCAGCAAUAACCUACGAAUCGGAUCAGUUUAUAUCGUUACAUUGUGCCUAGUCUGCUAAGUAAGUAUGACUUAUCUCGUUGCUCAAUAUCAUCCUUGAUGCGUUUAUUUCCCUUCAUUUUUUUAAAUUGUUUUGUUUGAAAGUUAAUACGAUUCAUACAUACGUAUUCAUCAUGCGUAUGUACUAAUCUAAAAGACAGUUUUCUAAUUUCACUUUAUUGUAUUUGAAAUCUCCCUUAUUGAUCAGUUAGCUUUAAAAUGUGGUCUCUGUUUUUACCCGAAGUAUUGUUUAAGAACAAAUUCAAGAAUGCAUAUGUGUAUAUUUAAUAUUUGUGUACAUAAAGACACUAUCAUCAAUCUAUAUUUGUUGCUGUUAUUUUUUUUAAUGCAAUGAGUACUUUUUAGAAAAUCCUCUUCUUUUUGUAUUCCUUCCCAACUCUUGUACAUGGUUUCCUUUAUAUUUUUUUUCUUUGUUGUUGAAAUUAACAAACACUUUCUCAUUUAAUUUCUAACUUCAACAAAAAAAGAAAGCUGACGAUUGUUAAUUUGCAUAUUUCAUUUGUAUAUUACUUAAGUUGUUACUACUACUAUAGGCAACAUAUAUAUAGUCUUCACCGAACUUUAGUGGGUAAAGUGAAAGUGUUAACAUCUGUUUUUUAUAAACUUUUAUACAUAUAUAUAUUUAUGCUUCAAUUCCCGGUACGAUUCGAACUGACUCUUCAUUUUUGGAAUGACUGAUUUAAAAUUACACAAAUAUUUUGAAUGUAUACAAAUUGGACAUAUGGAAGUACUGUUUUUCUAUAUUUUGUGAUUGAUGCACUGAUGGAAGUAUGAUGCUUAUGAUGUUUAUUGACUGUCCACUGGUUAUAUUUGAUUUGUAUAACACUCACCUAUUGUGCUUCCGUAAAUUCGUGAUACACACCACUUCCAUAGUCUUUUAUAUUUCUCUUAUGAGAACUUGCACUCGUAAACAAUGAUAUUGAUGAUCUAUUCUGCAAGUAUAGUUUUCCAAUUUCGCCAGCUAUUGGAUCAGUUUGUGUAAAUCACGUUUAAUUAUAUGAUGUUCGUAUAAGUUUAUAUAAAUCUGCUAUUCCUUAUACAUUGAUGUAAAACAGAAACCAUCAUAGGCACUUGUGUUUUUCAUUUAGUUUAUGCGCUUUAUCUUUUGUGAAAUGUCUAACUUAUAUCAGUGAUUACACUGAUGGGUGCGUUCAAUUUUAUCUGCAACAAUGUUUACUGCAUCUACACAAAUACCCUCAUAUAUGCCACAUCUAUUCAUUUAAUAAGAUGUUUAGGUUAGUCACACAUAAAAGUAUCAAAGUUCAUAUGCAUGUAGAAACUGUCUGACAGGUUGCACAUACCAUAUUCUAAUUUCGUGGAACCCCGUUUUUUUAUAGACAUAUAAUGAAAUUAUCAAGAAAUGCACUAAAUAAAGAAUGUGUUGUGUUAAGA